UGCCGACGGAGACCCGUGAGGGGGGAGGUGGCGGCAGCGCUAAGUGAGAAAGGGGAAAGAGGGGAGGGAAAAAAAAAAGGAGGAGAAAGGGGUGUCAGGACAGGGCGACGCGGCGACAGCCGAGGCCUAGUGGCGGCGGAGCGGAGGAUUCAAGGCUGAAGCGAGCUUGGGAACGGCAGCGGCGGCGGGCGGACAAACGGACUGACCGAGCCGGGCGGUGGCGGGAGCCGCGGGAGGAGCCGGAACCAUGCCGGCCGUGAGCCUCCCGCCCAAGGAGAACGCGCUCUUCAAGCGGAUCUUGAGAUGUUAUGAACAUAAACAGUAUAGAAAUGGAUUGAAGUUCUGUAAACAAAUUCUUUCCAAUCCCAAAUUUGCAGAACAUGGAGAAACCCUGGCUAUGAAAGGAUUAACAUUGAACUGUCUGGGAAAAAAGGAAGAAGCUUAUGAAUUGGUUCGCAGAGGUUUGAGAAAUGACUUGAAAAGUCAUGUGUGUUGGCAUGUUUAUGGCCUUCUUCAAAGGUCAGACAAAAAAUAUGAUGAAGCCAUUAAGUGCUACCGAAAUGCACUGAAGUGGGAUAAGGACAAUCUUCAGAUCUUAAGAGACCUUUCCUUACUACAGAUUCAAAUGCGAGAUCUUGAGGGUUAUAGGGAAACAAGAUACCAGUUGCUUCAGCUUCGACCUGCACAGAGAGCAUCAUGGAUUGGUUAUGCUAUUGCUUAUCAUUUAUUAGAAGACUAUGAAAUGGCAGCAAAAAUUUUAGAAGAAUUUAGGAAAACACAGCAGACAUCUCCUGAUAAAGUGGAUUAUGAAUAUAGUGAACUCCUUUUAUAUCAAAAUCAAGUUCUUCGGGAAGCAGGUCUCUAUAGAGAAGCCUUGGAACAUCUUUGUACCUAUGAAAAGCAGAUUUGUGAUAAACUUGCUGUAGAAGAAACUAAAGGGGAACUUCUGUUGCAGUUGUGUCGUUUGGAAGAUGCUGCUGAUGUUUAUAGAGGAUUACAAGAGAGGAAUCCUGAAAAUUGGGCCUAUUACAAAGGCUUAGAAAAAGCACUGAAGCCAGCUAAUAUGUUUGAACGGCUAAAAAUUUAUGAGGAGGCCUGGACUAAGUACCCCAGGGGGCUGGUGCCAAGAAGGCUACCAUUAAACUUUUUAUCUGGAGAGAAGUUUAAGGAGUGUUUGGAUAGAUUCCUAAGGAUGAAUUUCAGUAAGGGUUGUCCACCUGUCUUCAAUACUCUGAGAUCUUUAUACAGAGAUAAAGAGAAGGUGGCAAUCGUAGAAGAACUAGUAGUUGGUUAUGAAACCUCUCUAAAAAGCUGUCGCUUAUUUAACCCCAAGGAUGAUGGAAAGGAGGAACCCCCAACCACGUUACUUUGGGUCCAGUACUAUUUGGCACAGCAUUAUGAUAAAAUUGGUCAGCCAUCUAUUGCUCUGGAAUACAUAAAUACUGCUAUUGAAAGUACGCCAACAUUGAUAGAACUCUUUCUUGUAAAAGCUAAAAUAUAUAAGCAUGCUGGGAAUAUUAAAGAAGCUGCCAGGUGGAUGGAUGAAGCCCAGGCCCUGGACACAGCAGACAGAUUUAUUAAUUCCAAGUGUGCAAAAUACAUGUUAAAAGCCAAUCUGAUUAAAGAGGCUGAAGAAAUGUGCUCCAAGUUUACAAGGGAAGGAACAUCAGCAGUAGAGAACUUGAAUGAAAUGCAGUGCAUGUGGUUCCAGACAGAGUGUGCCCAGGCAUACAAAGCAAUGAACAAGUUUGGUGAAGCACUUAAGAAAUGUCAUGAAAUUGAGAGACAUUUUAUAGAAAUCACCGAUGACCAGUUUGAUUUUCAUACAUACUGUAUGAGGAAGAUUACCCUUAGAUCAUAUGUGGACUUAUUAAAACUAGAAGAUGUACUUCGGCAGCAUCCAUUUUACUUCAAAGCAGCAAGAAUUGCUAUUGAGAUCUAUUUGAAGCUUCAUGACAACCCUCUUACAGAUGAGAAUAAAGAGCACGAGGCUGAUACAGCAAACAUGUCUGACAAAGAGUUAAAGAAACUACGUAAUAAACAAAGAAGAGCUCAAAAGAAAGCUCAGAUAGAAGAAGAGAAAAAAAAUGCAGAGAAAGAAAAGCAGCAGAGAAAUCAGAAAAAGAAAAAGGAUGAUGACGACGAGGAAAUUGGAGGCCCCAAAGAAGAACUUAUCCCAGAGAAACUAGCCAAGGUUGAAACUCCAUUGGAAGAAGCUAUUAAGUUCUUAACACCGCUGAAGAAUUUGGUGAAGAACAAGAUAGAAACUCAUCUUUUUGCCUUUGAGAUUUACUUUAGGAAAGAAAAGUUUCUUUUGAUGCUACAAUCAGUAAAACGGGCAUUUGCUAUUGAUGCUAGUCAUCCCUGGCUUCAUGAAUGCAUGAUCCGCCUCUUUAAUUCUGUGUGUGAAAGUAAAGACUUACCUGAAACGGUUAGAACAGUAUUAAAGCAAGAAAUGAAUCGUCUUUUUGGAGCAACAAAUCCAAAGAAUUUUAAUGAAACUUUUCUGAAAAGGAAUUCUGAUUCAUUGCCACAUAGAUUAUCAGCUGCCAAAAUGGUAUAUUAUUUAGAUUCUUCUAGUCAGAAACGAGCAAUAGAGCUGGCAACAACACUUGACGGAUCCCUCACCAACAGAAACCUUCAGACUUGCAUGGAGGUGUUGGAAGCCUUGUGUGAUGGUAGCCUAGGAGACUGUAGAGAAGCUGCUGAAGCUUACAGAGCAAGUUGUCAUAAGCUUUUCCCUUAUGCUUUGGCUUUCAUGCCCCCUGGAUACGAAGAGGAUGUGAAGAUCACAGUUAAUGGAGAUAGCUCUGCAGAAACUGAAGAACUGGCCAAUGAAAUUUGAACAUCAUUAAACAAGCAAAUGGAAUGACUUUGGACCAUAUCUAGUGUAUAAUAUUUUUGUCACGCACCUGCUGCAUUGCUCUAACUUACACAAAAUGAGAGGAGUAAAUGUUCUUGCCUUCAAAUAGUCUUUUACGUUUUUUAUCCUGCUGAAAACUAUAUAUAAAAUAUCUAACAUUACAGGAUAUAGGUUCAGUUUCUUAAAAAUUAAAAGCUGCUAAAAUUGAGGGGUUUAAAAAAAUUCCAUAUCCUACUCCUACCUUCCCUGCCCAUAUUUUUAAACUAAUUUAUAUAAAAUCUGGAGGCUAUUACAGCUAACAUAGCAGGUGUGUGGCAGAAAUAUUACUUUGAAUUUGUCUUGUGAGAUUUUACUCUAUCUCAGACAGCAUAAAUGCUGUUUCAGCACUGGAUUCUUUCACUGAGCACAAAGAGUUGUUGGGGCUUUAGCAUCUGACUGAUUUUGUUACGGGGUUGAUUCUUGACCAUAGGAAGUAUGCAAUGUGAAUCACUAUGUACAGAGCCAUCUACAACAAUUGGUUGUAGAGACUGGGACACAUAGCUACCAAGCAGAUUAUAUGAAACCUAGAAGGUGUUCAGUACGCGUGUUGUGUUUCCAAAAUUUGCUGUACAUGAUCAGUUUGGUGUUCUUGUACCACAGUUUUUAACCGAAGGAACCAGUUGGAACAAUCUCAAUUUUAACUAAAACUUGAAGAACUAAAAUAACAAUGCAGACCUUUAGCAUUGUUUUUGGCCAAACUUGUUAAAACUGUAAUGCAAGAACCAAAUGCACUGUGAUGUGGCACCAACUAAUUAGCAAGCAUGAAUUUUUCACCCGAGAGUGAAAAACAAGAAAAUCUACCAUGGCUUGAAGUUAAAGAGCAGAACUCCUGACUACCAUUCUAUGACUGAUCAAGAGACUAAUAGCUAAAAACCUCAGCAGGCCUUGUUCACGAUAUGCAGAAAAAAGUGCUGCAGUUUAGAUACCUCUGGAACUUUUCCACAGUGUCACAGGUUUGUAAUACUUGAAGCCCUUCAUUUCUAAGAAUAUAUUUCUUGCUCAGUUGUUUCAGGCAAGCCCAAGACUUUGUAAUUUUUAAAGGGCCCAAGAUUUUUUUUUCAAUAACAGACCAGCUUCUUUUUCCUGCAGUUACAAAUGUAAUUUCUUUUUUGUUGUCAAACAUAAGGUACCAAAUAUGAUGCAAUAAAUUGUUUUGAAAAACAGUUGUGUGAAUAUUUCCACUAAUCCGAGUUGGGCUUCUGUGAAAUACACAGGUGGAAACAGAGGUUGCAAGCCAGAGGCAAUGAAAUGCAUUGUAGGGCUAGUACGGAGGGGAGCUUUUUAGAGUGGACUAAAUGAUGGUGUCAGGGAAGUUCCGGAAUGAAGUAGAAUGCUGCUCCUUUGUUCAGAUUUCACUGAGGGCUAGGAUUGUGGCAGGUCCUAUGAAUGUAAUUCAUAAUCUGAAAAGAAAACGAAACACGACUAUUUUGAUUGGGAAAAUGAGCCUUAAAUACGUCAAACCUGUACACUGACAACUAGCCUCAGGCUCAAUAUUCUCUUUAUGUUUGCAAGGUCUGAGCAAUUAAGUUUAAGUAAAAUUAAUUAAGUGUAUAUAAAAUCAAACUUUUGUAGUAUUUUAGUUAUAGAUAGUUCAUACGCUAAAGGGAAUUUUCAGAUCAGAUCCUUUUGUUUCAUAGUACAUGAUCUGCAUUCCACAUCCCAGUCUAACAGGUUAGUGACGCAAAGGUAAUUACAGUCUGAACUCCAGUGCUUUGCUUUAACAGGCCCUGUCUCAGGAACAUCUUAACAGAUGGCAAAAAAAAAAAAAGUGAACUUUAAAAAUACUUCUCAUAUGAGUGGCACCUGAGGCUCUUACUGUUUGGAAUAAACACUAGUGCUACCUCUGCCACUGGUUCAGUGUUGGAGGAGGCACCAGCCAUAUAGUAGGCGUGUAUGUGUGGUUUUGUUUAAACUCUACUGUAUAUCACAAUGAAAUCCGUCUAUUUGUCUUGACAAUGUUCAAACGAUGUAGAUUGUCUUAGGAUGAAUACUCAGAAGUACUCAGAACUCUAAUGCAGGUACCACCGGAGAGGAGCUAAAUUCCUAUCAUGUAUAUUGUAUUCGAACCCAAUUUUACUGAAACUAUUGAAUAAAUCUUUUAUUUUCCUUCAGGUUUACUUUAUAGUGUAUACAUUGUCUGGUGUCAAAGGACCUUGACUGGGUUCACCUAAAACAUUGUACUGUACUCUCUGAGUAUAUCAACUGGAUGAUUUCCCAUUUACCCCAGCCAUAUUCAGUUCAUUUCCAGUGAUACUGUGGGGGGAAACAGGGUUAGAUAAACAAGUUGGAAAUGCAGUGUGAUGUUGUAAUCUAAACAAGUGCCUUAUGUUUAUUGCUAAGAACUGGUGUUAUCAACCCUUUUAAUAAGGGGUUCCCUCGGCCUGUAUUAAUAUAGGAAAGUAAAGAUCCUUUUGUUUUUCUUUAUAUUCACUAUUGUCAUUUCUCAUUGAAAAGCUAAACUCUGACUAGCUUAGUUUACUUAGCUUUAAUUAGAUAGUUGAGUCAUUUUCACUAUUUUUUCUGUAUUUAUUAUGCACAACAAUAAAAUGAUCUCUAAUAGCAUGACUAAAAGUAGUGCCGAUGUCACUGGAAAGCUUUCUGGGUCUUCUUAGGCCCUGUGUUUUUCACCAUGAUUGUACUGCAUACUCUCCUGCUCUCAGAGCAAUGAAAUGAGAGCUGUGACUGUGAAGACCUCAGAGCCAUGGUCUAGAGUCAGGUGGGUUGUAACAAACUCAGACAUCCCUUCUGGUCAACUGGUGAGACUAUUUCUGUUGUCAUGCAUAGCAUACAUUUGGGGAAAGCUUAAAAAGUAGAGUAUUGAACAUGGUAGGCGUUUCUUUUAAAUAAUCCUUGAAUUCUGAAGAUCAUGAUACUAAGAGUUCCAGAGCAACAUUUCUGAUGUAAGGAGUCUUUUCUGCCUCAUGCUCCUGAUUUUUUUUAAUUGAAAGAUUGUCAAAUCUAAGACACAAACCCUAUGAAAUAGCUGUUGCACCACAGGAAGCAGAAAUGGUUUCAGUUUUUGCUGGUUGGAAACUACAAUUUGCAGCAAUAAAAAUUUUUGGAAAAGGUUAUUAAGUUUCGCUUUUCCCUUGUACAGCUAUGAGAUGGAAAUGCAAAGUAUAGUGUGUAGGAGAUUCUGGAGAGUGCUGUUUAACAAAGAAUAUCUUUUAUGUAUACUCUAGUUUGUAUAACAAAAUGAGUACUUGCACAUACUCAUGGUACACACUACUAAAACAAGCAGAAUGCAUACCUAUAACCCCAGCACUUGGGAGAUGGAGUUGAGGACCAGUCUGGAAAGAUAAAGCAUAGGGAAAAACUAUAAAAGGAAAGAGUCUGAAAGUCUCCAAUUUGUUAGUUCAUGCAGUUGGCGCUGAGGCACCAUUUUGGGAUGGUAGCCAGAAGAAGAGUUUGGUACAAUAUAAAUUAGAAUUUGCUGAUGCUGUAACCUCAGUGUUCUAUGUACCUGAACCAGACUGUAGCCCUUGUUUCAAGGCUGCUUGUACCAAAUGUAAGGAUGUUACUAGCAGUGCAGCAAAACCAUUCCAAGGUCUGUCUUACAUUUUUUGGGACAGUAUCUCACUAUGUACCCCUGUUUGCCUCAAACACAGAGGUCUGCCUCACUCUCCUGAGUGCUGGGAUUAAAUACGUGUACCACCAUGCCUAGCUAUGAAAGCUUAAGAAGAUGGGCGGGGGGGGGGCACACCUAUGUGAGCGCAUGUGUGGCGUUCAGGACAACUUGCAUAGGAAUCUCACCUUCCUUACAUUUCAGGGAUCAAACUCAGGUUACCUGGCUGCAUGGCACAUCUACCUGCUGAGACAUUUAAUUGGCCUGUAAGUGAGGCCUUGAUUUCUAGUUCAAGAACCUGUAUUUCUCUACAUGUUGGAAAUCUCAUUGUAAUGUAAAGAUGUCUGGCCUCUGAGGACAAACUGUCUUCUCAUUUAGGAGUAAGGAAGUGAGGUAAUUUUGAGAGUGUUGUAGAUCUCGAGUUGUUUUCACCUAAUGAUGCUUGUCUUCUGUGUUUACCUGUACAUGACUGGCAUGGGAACCCUGUGCUGUCUCUGGUUUUCCGUUUGGUCCUGAAUGAAUUUGUCCACCUGUUUACUUUGUAAUUAGAGUUUUUCAGGACACACUUGUGGCUACACUGUUCUUCCAAACUGGCUUUUCUUAGGAGCUCAACUUACCUGCCCUCAAGUAAUCAUAUUGUUGCUCUGUAUCUUUUAAAAUGAAAAAGUUGCCAUUUAAAGUAGAUGGUAACAGGACUAUCCCCUGGAUUCUGGAAUACCAAAUACUAAUAACUUCCGUUGAUUAACUUAGUAAAAAAAAAAGAAGUGAGAGUAAUAGACAUAUUUAGGAACAUGUAUUCAGCAUUACUUGUUCAGAAGCUCAUUAAAAAGGA